AUGCCGGAGAGGGCGAAACUCAUCGAGCAGUUAAGUAUUAAGUGCGAGGUUGAAUUUGUUGAUCCCGCGUCCGCCGCCUGCCUAUGGCUGGCCGACACUGAAUGUCUCGAAUCACUGAUCCGAGAAUCGGACGACAAUAAGUUUGCCUUCCUGCUUCGUAAAUUGCUAGAUGGCACAUUGGGUGACUCAAUAGCGGCAGUUUCCCUAAGAGCCUGGGCCGGUAGGGGUCGGUCUGCUGCCGCGAAGAAGAGGAAGCUAGAUACCGGUGUAAAGCAAGCAGCCUAUUCGGAGACCGAGGACAAGCAUACGAGAUCGCUAGAUGCUAAAAGUCUUUGCAAGGAGAGAGACAACGAUAUGUGUCUUAUUACAAGAGCUGGUGUUCCCGUCGAGAUUGCUCAUAUAUUUCCGUAUUCUCUGGCGCAACCGAACAGCGCUGAGACCUUGAAGGAUGUCUGGGAUACGGCAAGGUUUUUUUGGUCUAUAGAAAAAGUCUCGAAGUGGGAAGAGGCGGUGUCAGGUCCCAAUGGGACAGAGUGUUGCUCGAACCUGAUGGCCCUGUGGUCCAGCGUACGUGGCCUAUGGGAGAGGGCCUGUUUUGCGUUAAAGCCACUCGAUAUCAGCGAUGACCGGGAAAAGCUGAGAGUAGAAUUCUUCUGGCUUUCUGUACCAUCGGCGUACCUCGAGAGGGUGGAACUAAGAACGCCUCCAUCUACGUUCUGCCUCAACGACCACGGUCCUCAUAAUACUCGCUUAUGGAAUUGCGAGACUUUGGCACCCAUUCGGAGUGGCGAUGUUCUCACCUUCACGACCAGAGACCCAGACCAAUUGCCCCUCCCCUCGGUCGAUAUUCUAUGGAUGCAAUGGACCCUGACUAGGGCGUUGGCCCUGAGUGGCGCUGGAGAAGCCCGUGAAGACUUCCACUCCGAUGAUGACGAUGAAGGUCAUUAA